AUGGCUUUGGGGGCGACAGGCGGAGAGAGCCAGCUCCAAAGGAUCAUUCGAGAUCUGCAAGAUUCUGUUGCUGAAAUAGCCAAGGAGUACAGGGAAUGUGGAGAACCAAUUACAGAUGACAGCACCAACCUCCACAAGUUUUCUUACAAACUGGAAUACCUAUUACAGUUUGGCCAAAAGGAGAAGACUUCACUGCUCGGCACAAAGAAAGAUUAUUGGGAUUACUUUGUUGACUGCCUGGCCAAAAUUAAAGGAGCCAAUGAUGGAAUCCGCUUUGUUAAAUCAAUCAGUGAAAUAAAAACACCUCUGGGAAAGGGACGUGCGUUUAUUCGCUACUCUCUCGUGCACCAGCGGCUGGCUGACACUUUGCAGCAGUGUUUAUUGAACCAGAGAGUGACAAGUGACUGGUACUACACACGAAGUCCGCUUUUGAAGGCUGCUCUCUCCGCUGACAUUAUCACACACCUGUAUGAACUCAACGAUGUGCAGUUUGACGUCGCCUCCAGAGGACACGACCUCGAUGCUGCAUGGCCCACUUUUGCCAGGAGGGCUCUGAAUGCAAACUCUCCCAGCCAUACAUGGAAGCCGCCAAGUCGUAGCUCCAGCAUCAACAGCUUGGCGAGCAACUACUCACAGCAACCAGGUGAUUUCUCCUCCAGCAUCGACUUUGGUCAUGGGUUACUAAAUGACCUUAAUGAGUCACUGCCUGCAUGUAACGAAGACCCCAGUGCCAUUGACGACCUCCGCCUUGAGCUGGAUCAGUCAGAGCUGAAGAUGCGACAGCUUUCGGAGAAGGUGCAACAAAUGGCGGAGCAAGAGGCCGAUCUUCGAGGGGUGGUAGAGGACCUCCAGAGGCAAUUGGAAACAUCCCUAUCCUCCCAAGAGCACCAGCAAGUCGAGCUUAAACGCGUCCGGGGAAGAGAGGAAACCCUGUCCAAAGAAAUAGAAGCCUUCAGGAACGUCAACAAGAUCAGGGAGUCAGAGCACCAGCAGCUUCAAGAGAAAUUAACCACAGCUGAAACUAAGAACAUGGAGCUUUUAGCCAAGUUAUAUAAUGUUUUGAAUGAAAAAGGACACCAGGCAGCGAGCCAUUUUGACUCGGCACAAAAAAUACAUGAAUUACUCGACAAGUUGAAGGAAGCGGAGAAAGGCAAAAUCGCUGCUGUUGCCGAGAUGGAGGAAAAGAAGAGACUGAGUGAAAGAUUGCAAGAGGAGUUAAAGCUAAAAGCGGAGAUUGUAAAGCAGGGUGAAAAUCGACUACAAGAAGUGUCUGUGUCUAAAGGUAAUGUGGAUGUUAAACUGGCUGAACAAAAUAGUGUUAUGAAUAAUUUGCAAGGAGCCUUAGCGUUGAAAGAGAAGGAGCUGAGUGACGUACAGCUGCAGCUUCUGGACCUUCAAAACACAAAUGGAAAGCAGGAAAAGGAGAUGAAAAUGAUGAGGGAGAAAUUUGAAAAAGAAAACUAUGACCUCAAAGAGCAACUUGAUGUUAAAUGUGACGAGUUAAUUGCUCGUAAUGAUACACUACAAGAGCUACAAAACAAGAAUAAAGUCUUGACCACAGACAAGGAAAAACUUGUGGGAGACUUGGCCAAUAUGGAAAACAACGCAAAGGAUCAUGCUGCUAAGACUGUGAAAAGUGAGGAACAGAUGAAGGAAAUGAUGUUGCACCAAUCAGACUUGGAAGAUGAAGUUGCUGCUUUAAGGGCUUCAGAGAAACAGCUUCGAAGUCAAUUGAGUGACACUAAGAUGACCGUGGACGAGAAGGAAAAACGGUUACGCAAGGAAAACCAGGAGCUCGACGAAAGCCUACAGCGCGCAAACAUGUCUGCCAAAGCUUCCGAAUCUACCGCCAAACGCUUAGAGGAAGAGAAUCACGCACUAAAAGAAGAACAAAAAGCUGUAAAAUCUGCUCUAGGUCGCAUGCAAGCGGACUUGAACCGCGUGCACGGGCAGAUAAGCGAUCUAGAGACGAACUUGGAAGCUUCGCGCGAGAACGAGCAAGCUUUGCAAAGUCUGCUUCAAACCAGUGAAUCGCAGGUGGCCAAAUACGAGAAGGAAAUCUGUGAGCUUGCCACAAAACAAAAGGAACUCGAAAAUGCAAGAGAUGAUGCUGAAACGGCAAUCGCUAAGCAAGCAGAAAUGUUCGAACGGGUCUCUUCUGAGAAACAAGCCAUUGAAAAAGCACAAUUUGAGAAAAGCUCAGCACAAGUCAAGGAAAACCAGGAAGUGUUACAUAAGCUUAAUUUAGUAGAAGGGCAGUUGGAUGUAAGUAGGGUGGAAGUAUCCAGGUUGCAAGCAGAAAUGAUGGAUGUCCGAGUGCAGGCGCAAAGAAACGAAGAGGAUUUACUGAAGGCACAAGCACAACUCAAGAUGACGGAAGCCCAGAGAGAUGAGCUGAGGACUCUGACUGAAACCCUUAAAAAUAAUAUUGCAGAACAGAACCAAAAGCAUGUCGCGGAAAUGAUUGAGAGCAAAAAGAAAGAAGAGGCGCUGAUCAAGGAGCGAGACAAAGAAUUGGCCGUGAGCGCGGAGUUGGCUUCUACGCUGGCCGCCGUUCGCAAAGAGGUUUCGGUACUGAAGGAGGAAAACGAGCGGUUAGUUUUGGAACACAGUGACACGCGAGAAGCUCUGCACAGGGUGAACACGGAGAUGGCGGAGAUGGGAAUGACGCUAUGCAAGCUGAGCGCGGAAAAGGAGGAGGCCAGCGUGCAAUGGGCCGCGGAUGAGGCGCGGAUAGAGGAGUUUGAAAAGGAGGUGGAGCAGUUUGGGGAGUGCAUGGAUGAGCUGCGAGAGGAAAACGAAAGGCUGAAGCAGGAGCUGGAACGGGUGGAGGAACUGCCACAACAACUGAAGGAGCUAAAGGAGCAGCUAGAGAAAGCCGACGGGCAAGUACAACGUCUGAAAAGCUCAAGCCGUGAGGAGGUGGAGGCGGUAAAGUUUCAGAUGAGCUCAGAAAGCAUGAAUCAUCAAGUGCAAAUCAAGAGUUUAACAGAACAACUCGACGAAGUGAAAACACAGCUACAGGAAGAGCAGAAGAGAGGCUCCACUUUACAGAAACAAGUUUCAGAGCUGAAGGCUUUGAAUGAACAAUAUUUGCGGCUGACGGGAGAGAAGGACGCUCACAUCACUAAAACGGAGACCACCAUUCGCGACAUUGACACAGAGAUACAGACACUAAGACAAGACGCACAAAGUGCCACAGAGGCCCAUUCUGCUGCACAACUCUUGUGUGAGGAAUUAAAACAAAAACUGGAGAAGUGUGAACAGGACAAACAGACGGACACGUUGAAGAUGUCUGCAGAGAUUGACGACCUAAACCGUACGAAGAGCACUCUAGAGGAACGGCUGAUCGAACUCAUCAGGGACAAAGAUGCUUUAUGGCAGAAGUCUGAUGCUCUGGAGUUUGAGCAGAAGCUGCGCUCAGAGGAGCGCUGGUGGUUGAUGGAUAAAGAGGCCACUCACUGCCUCGGCUGCCAGGGGCAGUUCACCUGGUGGCUGCGCAGACAUCACUGCAGAGUUUGUGGCCGAAUAUUCUGCUAUUACUGCAGCAACAACUUUGUAACAACAAAACACACUGGGAAAAAAGAACGCUGUUGUAAAGACUGUCAUAACGAGCACAAUGAAGAGAGGCUCUCUGAGCCAGAGAGUCCUUCAGGAGCGCAGACUUCUCCCUCUGGAUCAACUCCUCAGACAGGGCCUGAUCCAGAGGCUUGUACCGGCCAAACUGUCACAGCUACAGAACCUUCAAACAAGUCUGACGAUGGCGUCUUUGACAUUAUCACUGAAGAUGAAGUGCACAGAGUGUAUGACAGUGACGCUGCCUCCCAAACCACAGCAGGAUCCCUGGAUGGAGAACAGGCUCCACAGCUGCUCAAUAUCACAGGCGAUGUGACCCAGGAUGAGUCUGAAGACAAUAUUCCCACCGCUCACAAUUCUGAGAUUAAUCUGCUCCAAACUGGAGAAGUGACGAUGGCGAUUCCAUUCUGCAUCGAAGAUAUUUCCCAUUUUGGCAGUGGUUCAAGGGAGCUGUUUAUCAAAUCCAGCAACUAUAGUGUGAUAACUGUAACUGUGUGUGACUGUGGACCCACCAUCAGCUGGAUGUUUUCCUCUGAACCAAAGAGCAUUUCCUUUAGUGUGGUGCACAGAGAAUCAAGCGAGACUCCCCUUGAACAGUCAAAGGUCCUGAUUCCUUUGACUCGCUGUAAUUCUCAUAAAGAGACCGUCCAGGGGCAGCUGAAGGCGCGUCACACUGGCCUCUACACACUCGUCUUCGACAACUCAUUUUCUCGGUUUGUUUCUAAAAAGGUUUUGUACCAUCUGACUAUGGAGCAGCCUGUAGUCUAUGACGGAAGUGAUUUUCCCUGA